AAAUAAAGCUAGAAAUUUAAAAGGUAUUUAUAGGAUAGUACCACAAAGAUGUCCAUAUCUCUAGUCACGCCAAAGCCUAAAGAUUUUUUAGGAAAUUAAAUAAUCAUUGACUUGAGUCAACUGAUUAUCAAUACUUUUCUAUCAUUGAAGGCCAAAACAAGGCAACGUAUCAGAUACUAUUUUCAAUUAUUGAUCUUAUUCCUCUUAUAAAUAAAUCCAAAAGAAGCAAGAGUAGAGGAGACCAAAGAAAGAAAGCCAAGCUAAAGAGAUGGAGAAAUUAAGUAAUCAAAGAGGGAUGGCGUACUCUAUUGAGAUUACCCCAAUAGAUGACCAAAGUCCACAGCUUCCUCAAGCUACAAAAGAUAAGAUACGAGAGGGGAAGAAAAUAUAUCAUUUAAUCGAGAUAAAGGAAACAAAUGGUCAAGAUCAAUUAGGGUCACACGCAAAUAAAUCUCUAAAUCAAAUCUAUGAUGAAAGAUUUAUGGAUUUGGACAAUACAUAUAACAAAUCUUGUACCAUAUUCAAAGUAAAUGUGGAGCUACGGAAAUCAAAUCCAGAUGCUUAUACGCCAAUGUUGAUCUCCAUUGGUCCUUACCAUAACAAGAAUCCAGAACUUGGUUGGAUGGAGAAGUACAAAUUGUUGUACCGACGACGAUUUCUGCAGCGGAAAGCGGGGCUUGAUGUGGAAAGUUGCGUUAGUGAAAUUGAGGAAAUGAAGGAUAAAGUACUAAAUUGUUAUGAUAAUAUAGAGCACCUGGACAGUGAUAUUGUUAGCAAAUUUUCAGAAAUAAUAUUUCUAGAUGGAUGUUUCGUGGUUGAGUUUAUUCGAGAGUAUCAUGGAAUGAUUCCUGAAGGAGAAGACCGAAUUAUAAACAAUGAUUAUAUGAUAGACCUUGCACGUCGAAUAUAA